AUGAGACUUCUAGCCCUUGCCGGUCUGCUCUGCAUGCUGCUCCUCUGUUUCUGCGUUCUCCCCUCAGAAGGGAGAAGGCAUCCUUCCAAGUCCUCAAAACUCAGGCCCUGUUGUAGCCUAUCUUCUAGAUCCAAGCUGACAACACAGCAAGGAAACUAUACAAGACACUGCAGACCAUGCAGAAGGAAGCUACCACCCAAGUUAUGGGUGGUGCCUGGGGCUCUCCCACAGAUAUAG